AUUUCGUUUUUAUUUAUGCCGGAUCCACAUUAUUGCAACACAAUUUGCAAAUAGUGAAAAUAAAUAGAAAUUACAAAUACAAAUAAUUUAAAAAAUCUUUGAAAAGUUCAUCUACUAAAAAUGCCACAAACCAGACGCAAGACGCCCUUCAGUGGCAAAAAGAAGAAGGAUCAAUUAUUGCAAAAACGCCAAUUAAAAGGUUCACAAAAAUAUUUAAGGUCUCACAAUGACAAUGAUGACGGUGAAACUACCGAAGAUAAUGAAUUUAUUGCACGUAAAUUAAUGAUGCGCUCUCAGCCCAGCGGUGGUCCAGGUGGACGCAAUAAAAAUGUUAAUCGCUACAAUUUGUGCUUCUAUCAGGAGUCGAAAAAGGAAUUGGAACGUUUAAAGUUAGAAGGCUUGAAGCCCUUCAACCCGGCCACACUUAAGCAGAGGGAAAUUGAUGCCAGCUUUUAUGAGGGCUAUGAUUUUCCCAUACGUCCCGAUUGGAGUUAUGGUAUGGAUAAAGUUACUCUAGAUCGCAAUGAAAAUAAGUAUUUUCGGGAAUAUGUUGAAAAAUUGCAAGACAAACAAAAAGCCGAAAAUAAGGAUUUAUCUUUGUUUGAAUUAAAUUUGGAAACAUGGCGCCAGUUAUGGCGUGUUUUGGAAUUAUCCGAUAUAUUGUUGAUCAUUGUGGAUGUUCGUUAUUCGACCCUAAUGUUUCCUCCCGCUUUGUACGAUCAUAUUGUUAAUAAGUUGGGUAAACAUGCCAUUUUAAUACUUAACAAAGUGGACCUGGUAGCCCCAGAAGUAGUAGUGGCCUGGCGUGAAUAUUUCAAAACCACAUAUCCUGGUUUACCAGUGGUUAUAUUUGCUUCAAAUCCAGCACAAGCUAAAAAAGGAACCCAACAACGCCGUCGUUUAGAUUACAAACGCAGUAUUGAAGGCGUUCACAGCAUUUUCAAAGAAUGCCAAAAAAUUGUCCAAUCCGAGGUGGAUCUAACAAGUUGGGAGCAAAAGAUUCUCGAAGACAUGAAUCUCGAUAAUGUUUGCCUCGAUAACGAAGUCGAAACCAUGGAAAAGUGUACAGAUAAAGCAGAAAGUACCAUGCCGCAUGAUGGUGAUGGUCAAAAACAUGAAAAAUAUUACAAAGGCAUUUUAACCUUGGGCUGUAUAGGUUUUCCCAAUGUGGGUAAAUCAUCUCUAAUCAAUGCCCUAAAAGGUCGUAAGGUGGUCAGUGUUAGCCGCACGCCGGGUCACACUAAACACUUUCAAACAAUUUUCCUUACAAAUGUCGUACGUCUCUGUGAUUGCCCCGGUUUGGUAUUUCCAUCUUCGACUUCGAAAUACUUGCAAGUAAUGUUGGGUAGCUUUCCCAUCUCACAAUUGCAAGUGCCUUAUCGUUCUAUACAGCUGAUAGCCGAGCACUUGGACUUGCCGAAAAUUUUGAAAAUUCAUUUGCCCGAAGAUUUUGAUGAAUGGUCUCCCGUGGCCAUAACAGAUGCAUGGGCUUUUAAACGCGGCUUUAUUGUAGCCAAGUCGGGACGACCUGAUCGUUAUAGGGCAGCAAAUCAUUUGUUGCGUUCCUGUGUGGCAGGUCAAUUGCAAUUGAUUUUACAAUUCUAUCCACCGCAGUUUAAUGAACAGCUUGAAAUGUGGCUAAAGCACGAGGCCAUACAAGAGGUGAAGAAAUAUCAAAACUUACCCAGUGAUGAUGACAAUGAUGAGGAGGAUAAAACUAAUUUGGAUAAUGAAGAUACUUCAUCGGUUAAUUCGGAAAGUGCUUAUGAUACAGAUGGCUUAAGCAGUUCCAAUGAUGAAACCAAUGCCGAUGAAGAUGAUGAUGAUUUGAAUGAACGCGAUUUGACACCACCUCCUUCUACAUCACGCAAUACAUUUGCUUUACUCGAAGAUGAUUGAACCGAAUAAUAACAUGAUCACAACAAACACACCAUUUAACACAACAUGCACAUUUAUUCCAGUAUUUCUUAUUAUGUUUUAUAGAAUCUUCUUUUAAUAUUUGUAAUUAGAUAGUGGAUAUAAAUCUUUGUCAAGGUGUUGUAGCAUCGUCUUCAUCAUCUGUGGAUAGAAACUGAUCCAUGUGAUCGCCUGCAUCAUCCAAAGAGAGCAAAAUUUGUAUAGCCCUAAAAACAAAGAAACAAACAAAUAUUGAGUUAUAAAACAAUUUGUAUUUUAUAUGCAUUUCUAAUGGAGUAGAAAUUUUUAAAACAAAUAAGCAAUAAAAUUGCUAGAAAAUAAACAAACACUAAUAUGAAGCAUUAAUAA